UGGACGUAACUAUGAGCGACGAUCAUUUAAAAUGAUAGAGACAACAUUUUACUCUCACAGAAAUCGAUCACCAGGAAGCUUAAUCGCGCCCUGCACAGACAUCACAAUAUCCAUCGAACAACAUGGCUUUGAGGCGAGCUCUGCACUUUGUCUUCAAAGUUGGUGACAGGAACAAAACAGCCACAUUUUACCGAGAUGUGCUGGGAAUGAAGGUUUUACGCCAUGAAGAGUUUGAGGAAGGUUGCAAAGCUACGUGUAAUGGGCCCUACGAUGGAAAAUGGAGCAAGACAAUGGUUGGCUUUGGGCCAGAAGAUGAUCAUUUUGUAGCUGAGUUGACAUACAAUUAUGGGGUUGGAGAGUAUCAACUCGGCAAUGACUUCUUGGGGCUCACUCUGCAGUCAAGCCAAGCUGUCAGCAAUGCUAAACGUCUGGGAUGGCCUCUCACUGAGGUAGGAGAAGCUCUGUACCUGACACAGGCUCCAGGAGGGUAUCCCUUCUACCUGGUGGACGAAGAGCAGCCUCCCAAUGACCCUGUGCAGAAGGUUUGUCUCGGAGUAUCAGACCUCCAGAGAUCAACCCACUAUUGGACUGCACUCUUGGGAAUGAAGGUGGUGGAAAAGAAUGAGGACAAGAAAACAGUGCUGAUGGGAUUUGGAGACACUCAAUGUAAGCUGGAGCUUCACGAUAUCAGUGGGACCGUAGAUCAUGGAACAGCAUUUGGGAGAAUAGCAUUUUCAUGCCCAAGGGAGCAACUGCCUGACCUCGAAGCCUUGAUGAAAAAGGAAAAUCAGAAAAUUCUCACACCAUUAGUCAGCUUGGACACUCCUGGCAAAGCUAGAGUAGAAGUGGUUAUUUUGGCUGACCCAGACAGCCAUGAGAUUUGCUUUGUGGGAGAUGAAGCAUUCAGGCAGCUGUCCAUGGUGGAUCCCAGAGGAAAUGAAUUGCUUGAUAAGGCUAUGGCGGAAGAUAAAAGCGCCGAAUGGUUUGCCAAACACAACAGACAGAAAGCUGCUGCUUGAGAUGAAGAGGCCUGCCUGCAAAACUGAGCACCAUCAAUUUCUCACUAGUUCAUGAGAGAUUCUGUACAAGGCACCUGUAGUGUAAAUCUUCUUCUUGUAACGUCAACUCAAUUAUGCUUUGGCUUGCAGUGUAAGAUUUAUUUUCUUGAAGCAUGCUGUGAGGCGCAGUUGUAUUGACAGCACUUAGUAAAAGGACCAUUUGUUCAUUUUGAUCAAUUUUCAGUCCAAUUGAUUAUAAAUUAAAUAUAAUGCGACUUGAUCUUAAAGCCAAUAAGUAACUGAACUGUUUGGAGGGCCCUAAUGGAAAUUGCUGCAGGGCCCCAAUUAAUCCCCACCAACCACCCUCUGUGCAUUGUGUAUGUAUGAACCACCAUUCCUAUGCAAGGCUGGAUUACUAACCAGGGAGAGCAUCGAAAAACUGUACACAUUGUACAAAGGCUUAAUAGGGACCCAGGAACUCAUUUUGCUCCAGGGCAAGACCAUGAUCCUACUCUGGAGUAAUACUACCCAUCCCCAACAUUUUCUAUUCUCAGCUUGUUGGUGAUCAUUUGUAGUUUGUAGAUAGUAAUAUAAGGCCUAUCUUUGUUGAUAUUGCACUUUAGUGGUGAAACUCCUUUACAAAUUUGCAGUUAGGAUGCAGGAUAGGUUCACAAUUUUUCAAAUAUGUCUUUAAAACAACAGUCAGGUUCCCAAUGAACACUAAAAGAGGUUU